ACAUAUAAAGUUCAUACAUUUACUUUCAGCGGUAUUUCAAGCCUCAUGAAAACACAGGUUCAUUUUAUGUUAUCGUCGGCCUUCAUGAGAUUUCUGACAUGCGUUUAUUGCCACUGGCUUUAACAAGUCUACAGGUUUACUCUGUGGUAUUCGGAAGCUACGAGGAAUAUGUAAUAUUGCCAGACAAUUCAGAUUACUGCCGGAGUCACUCUGGCUUUAGAAGAUUUUCGCUUUCUAGGCAGAUGAGUUUUGUCACCGGAUUAUAUAAUUCGUCAUGGAACAAUCUGUUAUAUGCUUGUAAGAUAAAAGUGUAUCCAAAUGGAAGACUUCUACAUUAUUCUUAUCCUGAAGGACAUACAUCAUACUGGUUCCAUAGACUACGGGUUUCUAUUAAUUUUACCUCUUGCAAUGAUUUUUUGACUAUUGGGUUUAUACCCGAAGAAAUCACUCAACCUACUUUACUUCCAUAUGAGUUAAAUUUAACCUGUACAUUUACAUUUCCGCAAAUCAUCGAUUCAAAGCAUCGUAUUGUGUCAUUGGUUUGGCAUACAGAGUCCGGUUCAAUUGAGGAUGUAAAAUCUAAACUAGAUGUUCAAAUGUCAGCAUAUAUGCGAUUCGAAGGAACUUUCAGUCUUACUGAUAAAAUGCGUCGAUGUGAAGUAGGCUCUGGAUUUUGGUGUGGAAAUCAAACUGCUGUUUGUGUUUACGGUCAAAUGCGCUGUGAUCAAGCAGAUGAUUGCUUUGAUGGGGGAACUGAUGAAAUUGGUUGUCCACCUGUUCGUAAUUAUACAUAUGUUCAACCGAGACGUCCUUUGAACAGUUGGUCAGUAUACUUACCGUGGACGGCAUUAGGAUUAAUCCCUUUAAUAUUAGUAUUUGCUUUGGGACUUAUCUGUGCACCUCGAAAAUCUCUAGAUGAACUUGAAGAUGAUGAUCUUAGUCAAGAAAAUGAAUGUUUAAAAACUAUUUUCUCACCAAUGACUUCUUCAUCAGCAGCUUCACCUACUUUAUCUGAAUCAAGUUCACCUAGAUCUAUUCAAUCUAUUGCUGCUUGUUCUACUGGAGAUAAAGUUAUUGUUUGUGAGUCAGAAUUAACCCGGUCAUUAUCUCAUCCAAGUCUGUCUGAUAUGGUACGCACAACAUUUGUUACUAACGAAACCAACAAGCAAAAAUCUUGUCUUCUUAGCUCAAACAAUAAUACGGAACAAGAUCCUGAUUCUUUUUGUCUUCAACAAAAAAGUAAAAAAUAUUAUCCCGAAAGUUGUGAACUUUUAAACAAUCAUAAUAGUAUCAUUAAUCAUGAUAAACGAAAUUUUAUGGAAGAUGGUUCAAGUUCCAAAUUUUUUAAUGAAGUUCUCAAACCAACUAAAUCUAGAGCUGUUACUUUUCAACUGCCUGGAGCAUUUGAAGAAAAAUUAAUUAUGGAUUCAGACCAUGACAACAUAGAUUCAGAUUCAAAAAUACAAACAAAUAAAAGUCAUGAAGAAUUAAUGAAUCAACGAGAAGCACGACGAAAUUCCGGUAAUAUUUCACGUCAAUCAAAAUUCGUUGAACCUGAUAAUCGAGCCAUUCCAGCAUGUUUUGAAAUGGCUGCUUUAAAAGUUAGAGUGUCACGCAAUGAAUUUGGAAAUGUAACUAAUCACAAUGUUAAUCCUGAUUUUGUUGAUCAAGAAAUUUGGAACUCAAAUGCUUUUACACUUAAACAGCCAUACAAAAACCAUCAUUCACACUCAAACUCUCAAUCACAAACCGAUAAUUCGAAAAAUAUUGUAAAAAAUACAAACAACAACGAUUUCAAUCAAUCUCAGUCAAGUUCAUCUGAAAGUGAUCGAGAAGAUGUUACACCUUUCAGACGAACAGAUAAUUUUAUUCUAACUAAUCAUUGGGAUAAAAUUAAUAAUCCAAAAUUAAAUGGUGUACAGAUUCAAAAUGAGAAUGAAGGUAGGUUUUGAUUCACUUUAUUUGAAUUCAAUACUGCUUCAAUCAACAUGCUAUUUUAUUUUGCUUUUGUCCAUAAUUUUUCACUAAAGACAGAUUUAUGAACGAAGUACAUUCUUUUCAUUAAAUUAUCUUCAGGCUCUACAAUUCUAUAUCCAAAUUAAUAAUCUUUUUAAUUUAUUAGAGGGUUUGUAAAAAUUGUUUAUUUUGAAGCUAGUGUUCGUUAGAUGAUGUAGCAGGAACUAGAAAACUACUGGUUAUCUAGAAACACUGAAAAUAUGUUUUUACUUUAGUUUGAGACACUUUAAAAAUAGACACUGGUGGAAGGUAAAACUAAGAUGUCAAUACAUUUUGGCAUAGUUGAUAGACUUUUUAUUAAUGUUUUAGUUGUGAAAUGAAUUGUGAAUGCUUCUCAUGUUGAAGUUUCUGAGUGUGUCGAUAAAAGUCCAUUGAAUUAUCGAUUGGUCAGUCAAUACUGAUUAACAAAAGGUAAGACUACUGGAACUAUUCAAUUCUAUACAAAUAAAAUCAUUGACCGGACACCUUGUUAUUAAUGACUGUAACUUUAGUGGUGAAUAACGUAAUUUUGAUUUUGAGGAGAAGCAUUAUUCAAGUUUGACCAUGUCAGUUAUGAGACAUCUAUCCACCGAAGGUAAUGGAAAAUGAUCACGCAAUACCAUCACAUGCCAUAUCAGUGGUCUGAAGGUUAAUAGGUCACCAUGAGGCUUCAAGGUCUUGUGUGCGAUCUCUAAUAAAGUCAUGGACCGCAUCACUGAGAGACCUCAUACCGGGAUGAAACAGCCGUCUAGUGCAGUAGCAGUAAAAAGUAUAAGCUUUGGGUGUCGGAUAUAUUGUGAUAAUGACUAUAUGGAAAUAUGAAAUAAUAAUCAGUCAGGGCUUUAUGACACAUUGCUGAUUUUCUUCAUCACUCACCUAUUUGUAUUGAUUUUACACGCAGUUAUUUGAAAUAACAAAAAUAACCAAAGUUACUUGUUCUGUUAGUUCAUAGUAUGAAUCUUUUCACCCAUAAAAUUAAAAAUACAAACUAAAUACUAUUUGAGAUAUUGACAUAACAGUAAGACACAUUCUGUAUGUUCGUUUUAGAAGUGAACGGGUUUGUACGUUAGUAUUAAGUCAUCAUUUUUCCAGCUAUUUAUUUCAUAUACGAUAAAAUUUUCAUUUUAUCUAUGAGAAAGUAAGUUGUUUAACUCAAGAAUGUGGUCUUAAUGAUUUUUUUUAUAAAAACAUCCUUUCUAUUUACAUCGUGAAUAUUAUUAUAAGUUACUGAAGAGAAUGAACUAAUGAAAAUGAUAAAUUUAUUCAUUGUUAUAUAACAAAAGCAAUGUUAAACUGCAUGCAAUCCCAACUUUUCAUUUUUAAUUCUCAGAUCAGUUAAGUAUUGUGAGUAUGGAUAAUAUAGAUUAAACAUAUAUUUAUCUUGUUAUCUAAUACUUGUCUAUUACAAUGCAUUACAGUCAUUACAAUUUUCUCUAUUAUAAUAAAUAUUCAUUUUCAGAGAUUAUUUUCAAUCAGGAUAGAUUUGUACUAUAUUUAUUUAUUCAUUCUUUUUCAAAUAUUGUUUAUGUUUCACUACUUACUUACUUACGCCUGUUACUCCUCGUAGAGAAGCACAGGCCGCCCACCAGCAUUCACCAUCCAACCCUGUCCUGAGUAAUCUUUUCCAUCUCUUUCCAGUUGUUAUUCCUCCUUUUCAUAUCUGCUUCUAUUUCCCAACGUAAUAUGUUUUUUUGGCCUUCCUCUUUUCUGUUUCCCUUCAAGAUUCCAAGUUUAUGUUCCACAAAAGAUUGAUAAAUUAAUACUAUACAAAACAUUCACUUAAUCCUAUUUAAUAAACAAUAUAGAUGGUAUUAAUAGCAAUCAGAAAUACAGUGAAUGAGUUACAACAGUUUUACUGAGUAUGUCUUCUCUCGUAUUUUUCUGUAUUUUAACAUCGCUAUACGUUAUAGUCAUUUCACAAAGAUAAAUAGGUACAUUUUAUGUUCAACAUAUAUUUUUCUAAGUUAAAAUUAAAAUGUAUUGCACUAUUAACACAAUUAAGCAAUCAGCUAAUCAAAAAGAUAAGUAGUAACAAGUAAAUAUAAUCUGAAGGUUUCACUUUUUUUUUUUAAUUCUCACUUUAUCGAUUUAUCAAAAGAAUACUUGGAUAUAGUGAAUCAUUUGUUGUAAUGACAGGUUUGAAUAACAAUUCAUUAAUUGAAAUAGAUGGAUAUAGGGACUGCUAGUUAACAUUACUAAAAUUAUGACUCAAUGUUGAUUUCGUAAGCCUCUAAUUAGGUACUGAUUUUCAUAAGUUAAAUAAAAUCAAAAAUUUGCAAUUGUCAGAUGACGAGUAGCAGUAUAUUUAUAUCAAAAUGUAUCAGUUAAUUUAAGUCUAAGAAUGAUAGUUGAGAUUAGAUUGAUUAAUCAUACUGUAUAAUUUCUUAAGACUAUUUUAAUCGAUUGUUUAAUUUCAGACAUAUGGUUGGUUAUCGGAUGACUGCCGAUAAAAAUGAGUGACUACGGUAAGGUACGAAACUAAAUGGCACAUAUUGAAAAUUAAACAUUUCUUAGAUCAGUUCAUAGUAGUCUUCAUACUAUUCAAACAGCUUUAAAAAAUUGUGAAUAGUUCUUUGUAAAUCCUGUUAGAUGUGGAAAUAUCUUCUAUGAACACAUAUUACCUACAGAAAACCAGGUGACACUAGACAACUGUUUCUCCCUAGACUGGAAUUCGACGAAAGUGAACUAUAAUGACUUCUGACAAUGUCAAAGACCAUAGGUCUGAACAUUUUGGAUCAGACUUCCUAUAGAAGUAUAAUGUUGAAAACUUCUUCCUAAAUAUAGAAUGAAAUAAAUGUUUAGUGCUCCUUAUUAUAUAUUAUUUCUUGAAAUGGUGUAUAUUGUGAUAGAAAAAGUUACCUUAGAGAAACUUAGUAUUAAUGAUGUUUCACAUUAAAGUCUGUAGAAGAUCCCUUUAUUAACCAUAUUAAGUUUAAAUAUUUCCAAUCUUAUCAAUUUUGGGCUGAGCUGAUGUUCAUUUUGCAAUAAGGCGUUACAUGAAGGAUCUGUAUCAUAUGUAUAUCACAAGUUCUUGCAACAGACUGAUCACAGUUAUAAACUAACUUUAUUUUUACGAGAUAGCGACAGUGAUGUUUUGAUGAUUAGCCUAGAUGAGAAGACUUCGAUGAUUUAGUUAAAGUUUGAGUCCGGUAAAUUACUUACUUUUCUUGGACUAAUUAUUUGUGUUAUUCUUUGAUAAGAAUACUUUAUUUUCCAAUUCUAAUAUUUCGUAUUACUGCACUUAAAUAUAAAAAUAUAUUCACUUGCUUCACAUGAGUUAAAGCUGUAUAUUCAAUAGCAUUACAAACUAACAUUAGAGGAGAAUAAGGGAAAUCCGCAUAACAAUAAAUAGGUGUUUAAUGGUGAUUCCGUACUUCUCAGGAGGAAUAACUUUACAAUGCCCUAUGGUUUUUUAAUACAUACCGAUUCAAUUGAAAUCGUGAACCCACCUAAGUUCGACCACCAUUGAAAUCCUGUGGGCUUGUGAAUUCUCCCUGAUGAAGAGUCCCAUAGUAUGACGAAACGUUCAUCAAAUACUUCCAUGUUUCCAAUGGUGGUCUAACUUGAAUCGGUUCAUGAUUUCAAUAAAGUUCAACAAUCUUUACAACUCCUAACAAUAGGUGUUAUUUUGUCAAAUAAACUAACUUCAAGUUAGACAAUCUCCGUAGACUUCUUCCUUAAUUACGUUAGCUUAGUAGCCUGUACUAUUCAAAUAAUUUAGUCAAAGCAAAAAAUACUUAAUUAGCCAAAACACUAAUUAAAAUGGAAAGUCACUACCUGGGAUCAAUAAUUUACAGAGAUUCCCCGAUGUUUAACAAGGUAUACCUAUAAAGGAAUAGAAGGGUUUUUGAAUAUCUGCAAGAAUUGUUGUCUGCUGACAUGGAUGAGAUGUUAAUUAUGUCUAACUAAUCGCACUAUAAAUGCAAGCUAAUCACUGAUACUUAUUCUUCUUUUCACAAAACAAUACAACAUUGACAACUAGGAUACAAUACAAUAAAAAAGAA